AUGACACAAGUAAUGUUGAUUUUUGAGUAAUAAAUAAUGGGUGCUCUAAACUUAGCAUUAUCGACACUUUCUUUGUUUCUUGUGCAUUUCAUUUCUGGUAUCCAAUCCGUCCACAAUAAUAACAACAAGAUGGGCUUAACAACUUCAGAUAUCAUUGCGAAACUGAAUCUUACGCCAAACCCAGAAGGUGGAUUUUUCAUAGAAACCUUUAGAGAUACUUCGAUCAACCUUUCCACUUCUCAACUACCCCCUCCUUUUAAAGUUGAUCGGCCCAUAAGUACGGCUAUAUACUUUUUUCUGCCAACUGGGACCGUCUCGAACCUCCAUCGCAUUCCAAGUGCUGAAACAUGGCAUUUUUAUUUGGGCGAACCUAUUACGAUAGUGGAAAUUGAUGAUAAGAACGGGAGUGUGAAGUUUACAUACAUGGGACACGACAUAAUUGGAGAAAACCAAAAGGUGCAGUAUACGGUGCCACCUGAUGUGUGGUUUGGUGCAUUUCCGUCUAGAGAUUAUGACAUAUCAAUAAUGGAAUAUAGAGUUGUGAAAAAGGCACCAAGGAAUGGAGAGAAGCACUUUUCUCUGGUGGGAACAACGGUUGCCCCAGCUUUCGAGGCUGCUGAUUUUGUGCUAGCCAAACGUUCUGAGGUCGUUUCUCGUUUUCCUGCUCUCGAAUCCCUCAUCUCCUUGCUCACACCUUCUGAUUAGGACGUAUAGUAAUAUUGAAUGUACUGGUACAGUAUUUGUAUUUGCGUAUUUGACUGAGAUUUUGUGCAUUCAGAAUUCACUUCUUUUUUUGUUGAA